AUGGGCGCAUUCCUCUUUGGAUACGACUUAGCAUUCAUCGGCACAUCAAUCGAAUUGGCCCCAUUCCAAAGGGACUUUGGGCUAGAUGGUGCAUCUGAAUCAGUUCAGAAUGCCUUUUCAGCAAAUAUCGUAUCACUCCUACAAGCAGGUUGUUUCUUCGGUGCUUUGGCGGCAGCACCGGUAGGAGAUAAACUAGGUCGUCGACUAGCCCUGGCUAUUGGCGCCGUUGCUUUCAUCGUGGGAUCUAUCAUGCAGGUAGUCUCUGCCGGUAACAAAAACAUUAUGUUUGUUGGCAGAGUGCUUGGUGGUGUGGGUGUGGGCUUCGCUAGCAUGUUGGUACCCUUAUACACAGCUGAGUGUGCCCCGCCAAAGAUUCGGGGUCGAUUGGUUGGCGUAUAUGAGAUCGGAGUGCAAUUCGGUACCUGCUUGGGAUUUUGGAUAAAUUUCGGUGUCCAACGCAAUAUGGCACCGACUUCUGCACAGUGGAUGACGCCAUUUGCAUUGCAGCUCAUCCCGGGUGGACUACUUCUACUUGGUUUGAUAUUCAUGUCUGAAUCUCCUCGGUGGAUAGCAAAGACCCAUGGGAGAGCCCGAGCAACCGAAACACUUUCGAAGCUGCGUGGUCUUCCUGCUGACCAUCAAGCUAUUCAGGAAGAGGUAACUGAUAUCUUGGAUCAGCUUGAGAUCGAGCUUUCGGAUAGUCUUGGAAACACCCGGGCCGCAUGGAAAGAGCUCAUGGAGCCUGGACUCCGGAACCGUGUUUUCCUUGGAGUGAUGAUUAUGAUUUUCUUCCAGAUGACUGGAUCGAACAGUAUCAACUAUUACUCUCCUCGAAUUUUUAAAUCGAUUGGCCUGCAGGGCACCGAAGCAACUCUCGUAUCAACUGGGAUUUAUGGUAUAGUUCGGUUGGUAGCUGUCUUCAUUGCGAUGUUCUUCAUUGUCGACCGCUUUGGAAGGAAGUCGAUGUUGAUAUAUGGAAGUAUCAUGAGCGCGAUCUCGAUGUGGCUCAUCGGAGCGUUUGUCAAAGUUCAAAGCUCGACUACAGCCACUUCAGGCGGAUCCCUUAGCGGAACUUCUUACGCAGCGGCAGUUUUCAUCUUCGUCUUCGCUGUAUCCUUCUGCUUCAGCUGGGCCGGCGUCCCUUGGGUAAUCUGUUCUGAAAUUUACCCCUUACGUGUGCGUGGUCUCUGCAUGAGCAUUUGUGUCGCGACACAUUGGUUAUUCAAUUUUGUGAUUGCAAGAAGCACGCCAUAUAUGAUCUCAAACAUCGGAUUUGGGACGUAUUUUGUAUUUGCUGCCUGUACUACCUUGGCUGUACCUUUUGUCUGGUUUAUGAUUCCAGAGACGAAGGGCAUGAAGUUGGAAGAGGUGGAUGCUCUCUUCACGGGACGGGGGCUUAUUCCGAGAAUGAGAAACACACCUGCAGAUGCAGGAAGUAAUGAGAAGGGUGUUAUUGAGCAAGUUGAAAGCAUUUAG